GGCAGGCACUCACACACGCAAUGACAUCCCUGCAUCUCUCGAGCGCAACACUCGGCUCAGCUUCACCGUGACAUUGCUCGGCUCUCGACUAGCGCGCGGCUCUGCAAUCACAUCUCUCCUUUCCUGGCAUUCAUCGCCCUUUUCAAGUCCACACUGUUGCUCAGCUAGGGUGGCUCGGGGCCAUCACAGUGCAGGCCAGCACUAACGCCGACAUCGCAAGCGAAGUAUCUUGCGACGCCAGUCAGCCAAGCUAGAGCGAUGAGGAUUGCAGUCACUGGAGCUUCCGGCUUGUUGGGCCGGGCGGUCGUAGAGAGAUGUACAACCGAGGGGCAUCAAGUCCUCGGUCUUGCCAAGUCACGGGCAGCUCCGCCUCUGAUCUCCUUGGACCUGCUCGACACCUCCUCGCUCAGAGAGGUACUGCAGCGUUUCAAGCCGGACGUCAUCAUCCACACAGCCGCAGAAAGGAGACCUGAUGUGGUUGAAGCUGAUCCCCAGGGAUCUAUGGAGCUCAAUGUGGACGUCCCAGGAAGGUUGGCAGAAAUAGCCAGGGAUAUUGCUCUCGAGCUUGUGACGGAUGAUGCGCAUUCGGCCACAGCGGGCACAGAGGCGGAGACACCAACGGAAGGAGGGGGAAAAGAAUCACCGCUACUAAUUUAUAUCUCGACAGACUACGUCUUUGAUGGAAUCUCACCGCCCUACAGCCCUUCUGACGAGCCCAAUCCGCUCAACUCAUAUGGUCGCAGCAAGCGGGAUGGGGAAAAGGCUGUGCUGAGCAAAGGAGAGAGCGGGAGGGUCUGCGUUUGGAGAGUUCCCGUCCUGUACGGCAAAGCGGAGACGCACUCUGAGUCAGCAGUCAAUUGUUUGCUGGACGUGAUCUCACCUCGCGAGGAAUCAAAAGGCAGGGUCAAGAUGGACGCAGUCGCCGUCAGGUAUCCAACGAGCGUUGAGGAUGUAUCUCGCGGACUUCUCUCCCUCUCUCAAAUCUGGUACAAGUCUCUGUCUGAAGAGGACUCAAAUGCGCAGAGCGAAAAUGGCAUCGUUCGAGGCAGGGUCCCGCCCGUCCUGCAUUUCUCAGCGAGAGAAGCGAUGACGAAACAAGACAUGUGUUUCGUCCUCUCUCGCGUUCAGCGCGCACUGGAAGAGCCUACCAGCACGGAUCAUUUGGAGCCCGUUUACGAAGUGGAUCCGAACGAUACAAGCAGACCUAGACAUGUCAAGCUAGAUCUGGACCUCACGGAAAGGUGCGGAGUGGAUACGAAGUGCAUCGGAUUUGAGGAAUGGUGGACACCUUACUUGACCGAGUUGGCCGUGGUAGCACGCGCAAAGAGGGAAGAAGAAAGGCUUCAGAGGGAGAAAGAGGAGGCGGAAGAGAGAGCGAGAAAAGAGGAAGAGGAGAGCAGGAGAGCCAGACAGGAGGCUGAGGAGAGGCAAAAGGCCAAAUUAGAGGCUGAGGAGCGCAAAGAAAUAGCGGAAAGGCGAAAGCGAGAAGCUGCAGAGGAAGCCAGCCGACAGGCUGAGGAUCUGGCACGAAAAGCAGCUGAGGAGACUGCCAAGCGUAGGGAAGAAGAGCUUGCACGAAGGCAGGCUGAGGAAGCGGCUCAACACGACGCUGUAACAGCCUCAUCAGAGACACCACAAUUCGUUGAGGGCGAAGGCGUGCACGCUAGUCCGCCAAUGCAGCCUCAGCCGCAGCAGCCUGUCAGCGCAGAAAUGCACGCAAACAACUCAUCAGCAGCAGGAGUUGCUUCAUCGUCUUCUUCAGUCAGAGCCAGGUCACCCAUCUCCAGACUGGCAGAGGAGAACCACGCGCACGCGAGCGAUUCCAAGCCCGCUUCCCUACGUCUACUUGGUUCACCGAAUGCUCCAUCUUUCAGCUCUCUCAGGGCCAGACCCACUCCGCCCCCGACUAACAUCUCUGAGAGUGGCGGAAACUCGCCAGCAAGCGCAAAUGCGAGCGUCACUCGGAGCCAAAGCACUGCGAGGAACGAGGAUCUGGAGGAAGAUCCCCUGAAUUUGAGCGCGAAUGCUGAGCAUGGCGCGCUAGUGCAAGGUUCAUCGCAAGCUCACACCCAAGACUCCAAUUCCGCGUCUGCCUCUGGUUCGGCCUCCAGCGCGACGCACAUGCAAGCCUCGAGGGACGAAAGCUAUUUUCCCUCACUGGCUGUGCCAAGGAACGAUCCAGGCCUGGACGUGAGAGGGCAACAUGCGCCGAGCGCUGAUGUGGAUACCAAGGUUCCCAAUGAUGGAGAUUCAGAUGGAUAUGGGCAGCCAAGUCCGCGGGAAAGCUCUGUUCAAUUUUCGCAGGAAGAUCAUCAUGUGCCACCUGCGAAAGAUGAGGAGGCUGACCAAAAUCGACAAGCUGCUCAGGACGCGGGGUCUGGCGUCACUCCGGCGCACAAGCAGUCGUGGGAGGUGACAAAUGGGAAAUCCACUGAAGCGGAAAGCACACCGGUUGCUCCUAGACCCAGCUUUUCCAUCAAGGUGGGAGAUCCUCAAAGGAAAGGUGAUCCCGUCACUGCUCACAUUACCAAUCAUCCAGCUUUCCGAUCAGAAUUCAGUGCAUUGCGACGUUAUUCAGACUUCAGAUGGCUACAUGCCGCCUUAGUCCACAAUAAUCCGGGCGUAUUCAUUCCUCCAGUGCCGGAGAAGCACAAGCUGGGUCGUUUCAAUCCCGAAUUGGUGGAAGCCAGACGUUUUGGAUUGGAGAAUUGCAUCAACAAGAUUGCAAAUCAUAGACUCUUGCAAGAAGAUGAGGAUCUGAGAUUAUUCUUGGAAAGCGUGGACUUUGCUGCAGAUGUCAGGCUGAGGGAUAUCAGGAAAGGGCCCGUACCUACUCCGGAGCAGAAGACGUACUUCGGAUGGAGCAAUCAAAUGAGCGCCCCCAAAUUUCACGAGACAGAUGAGUGGUUUGGCAACCAGAAGAAUUACUUGGAUCAUCUGGAGACGCAACUCAAGAACCUCGUCAGAGCCGUCUCUUCGGUCUCGCAGCAACGUCGAGAUGCAGCGUCGGCCAUCUCGGAGCUGUCGCACGCGCUGAUGAUGCUGUCCGGAAGCUCCCUCUCGAGGAGCUUGUCCACAUGCUUUGCUGGCCUGGGAGAAGUUCAAAGAAGAUCUUGCGAGCUGAAUGACGCGCAAGCUGAAGCUGACAUGCGUGAGAUGGGCGCCGUCCUCUAUGAGUAUGAGCGCAUCGUCGGCAGUGUUCGUAAAGCAUUCGCUACUCGUAUAGACGUCUGGCAAGCUUGGCAGAAGUCGGAAGAGGAAUACCGCAAAGUGCGCUCGAAGCAUGAAAAGCUGACUCGGGAAGGCAGGUCGGGAGGAGAGAGGAUGCACAUGAGCUUGCAGGACGUUGCGGACGCCGAGAGCAGGAGCUUAGGCCUGAAGAGAGACUUCGAUCUGGUCGGCCUGAGGUGCAAAGAUGAAAUGGAUCGCUUCGAUAGCGAGAAGGUUCAAGAGGUUAGGGCUGCUGUGGAAAGUUGGAUCCAGGGCCAAAUUGAGAGACAGAUCGAGGUGAGUACAUCUCUGCACACCCGUGUGCCCAAGUUGCCAUGCUCAUCCUCCAUCGUUGACUUGCGCUGUUCAACGUUUUACAGCUCAUUGGCGAAUGGGAACAGUACUGUGCGUUGCUGAGUCGACAGUCGGGUACACCGCGGCCAAAUCCUCCACCUGCGCCGGUACAAGCCCAGCAGCCUUCGCCAAAUGGCAAUGUCCCCUUCGCUCCGGCCCCUGUGGAAGGUCAAAGCAGACCCGAUCCACAGCCAACGCUCGACGGCAACGCGCAGACAGGAAGUGCUACCCAAA